AUGGCGAAUAUAAACCCUAACAUCGCUAAAACUCAAGAAGAGAGAUGGACGUUAGAAUCAGACCUCGAUCUAUUUGAUUCCUACUUGAUUUCCAUCGCAACCAACGAUGACGAGGAUCAUAAUGUCGACACCAAUGGUAUCUCGCUUGUUGCUCAGCGUCUUGCGUCUUACACUGCUCCAAAGUCUAUCCUCAACGACGUGGCUCAUUGUGAAGAUGAUGGUAACGAUGGUGGAUUAAAGCGGAGGCAGAGUAUUGCGGAACGCGAGGGUGAUUAUAGGAACAGGAGACUUAAUCGUGUUCUCUCUCCCGAUAGAGUUGAUCCUUUUGCUAUGGGAGAGAAGGCGCCUGAUCCGAGCGUUAGAACUUAUAAUGAUCAUAUGAGGGAGACGGCUGUGCAGAGGGAGAGGGAAGAAACUUUGAGACUCACUGCUAAAAAAAUGAAGGAAGAAGAAGAUGCUGCCAAGGCACAUAAAGAUUCUGUUCCUCCUCCUCCACUUUCAUCCAAGCGGAGGAGGUGGGACCCCGCUGAAGAAGACGGUGGUGUCGUCCUUUCAAAGAAAGCUAAAUCAGUAGCGUUGGAUUGGGAUGUAGCUGAUUCAACUCCAGGGAGAGUUUCUGAUGCCACACCAUCUGUUGGAAGAAGGAAGAGAUGGGAUGAGACGCCCACACCUGGUCGUGUGACUGAUUCUGAUGCUACACCAGGUGCAGCUCCUUCAGGUGCUGCUACCUGGGCCGCGACUCCUACUCCGAAGCGUCAACGUUCUAGGUGGGACGAGACACCAGCCACUAUGGCCACUAUGGGGAGUGUUACACCUAUGGCUGCUGCUUACAUCCCUGGUGUAACUCCAUUUGGUGGAAUUGAAAUAGCUACUCCAACUCCGAGUAAGAUUAAUCAGUACUAUGCGGCGAAGUGGCUGAAGGAUAUCGAGGAGGAAAACAAACCAUUGAGUGAUGAAGAGCUUGACACUAUGUUUCCUACAGAAGGAUACAAGGUUUUGGCCCCUCCUGCUUCUUAUAUUCCCAUGAGAAUCCCAACUAGGAAGGUGCAAGGAACCCUGACGCCGAUGACAACUCCUGGCUACAUUAUUCCCGAGGAAAACCGGGGGCAGCAGUACGAUCUGCCCCCGGAAGUUCCUGGCGGGCUGCCGUAUAUGAAACCAGAGGAUUAUCAGUAUUUCGGAGCGUUGUUGAAUGAAGAGAAGGAAGAAGAGCUGUCUCCUGAUGAGCAGAAAGAACGCAAGAUAAUGGCAUUGUUGUUGAAGGUCAAAAACGGAACGCCUGCUCAGAGGAAAACAGCUCUGAGGCAGCUUACUGAUAAGGCUCGUGAGUUUGGUGCUGGUCCUUUGUUUAAUAAAAUCUUGCCAUUGCUCAUGCAACCAGCUUUGGAAGAUCAAGAGAGGCAUCUUUUGGUGAAAGUGAUUGAUAGGAUUCUGUACAAACUUGAAGAGAUGGUACGGCCUUUCGUCCACAAAAUCCUUGUUGUUAUUGUGCCUUUGUUGAUUGACACCGAUUAUUAUGCUCUUGUAGAAGGGAGAGAGAUUAUCUCUAACCUCAGCAAAGCAGCUGGUUUAGCUACUAUGAUUGCAGCUAUGCGUCCUGAUAUUGAUAACAUUGAUGAAUACGUUAGGAACAGUACAGCUAGAGCUUUCGGUGUGGUGGCUUCAGCUCUUGGAAUCCCUGGACUCUUGCCUUUCCUGAAAGCUGUUUGCCAUAGUAAGAAGUCAUGGCAGGCACGACACACUGGAAUCAAGAUUGUGCAGCAGAUCGCCAUACUAACUGGCUGUGCCGUUUUGCCUCACUUAAGGUCUUUAGUAGAACUUAUCGAGCACGGUCUCAGUGAUGAACACCGGAAUGUGAGGACCAUCACUGCCUUGUCACUAGCUUCUCUCGCCGAGGCUUCUGCUCCUUACGGUAUUGAGAGCUUUGACUCUGUUCUGGAGCCUCUGUGGAAAGGUAUGAGGUCUCACCGUGGGAAAGUUUUAGGUUCGUUCUUGAAGGCGAUUGGUUUUAUCAUCCCCUUGAUGGAUGCUGGACACGCUAGGUACUACACAAAAGAAGUGAUGCUUGUCUUGAUUCGUGAGUUCCAGUCUCCUGAUGAAGGGAUGACGAGGAUUGUCCUCAGGGUGGUGAAACAGUGUGUGAGUACUGAAGGUGUUGAAGCGGAUUACAUCCGCAGCGACAUCCUCCCUGAGUUUUUCAAACAUUUUUGGGUUAGGAGAAUCGCUCUGAAGGAGAGCUACUAUAACCUUAUUGAGACUACCGUUGAGAUUGCCAACAAAGUUGGUGUUGUAGAUAUCGUGGGAAGAGUGGUUGAAGGUCUUAAAGAUGAGAGUGAACAGUAUCGUCUUAUGGUUAUGAAAACCAUUGACAAGGUUAUCACAAACUUGGGAGCAUCUGAUAUUGAUUGGAGGUUGGAGGAGCUGCUCAUAGAUGGCAUUCUCUAUGCUUUCAUAGAACAGACAAGCAACUACGAUUUUAAUAAUGUGAUGCUUAAUGGAUUUGCUGCUGUAGUGAAUGGCCUUGGUAUGCGUGUAAAGCCUUACCUUCCUCAGAUCUGUGGUACCAUCAAGUGGCGGUUAAACAACAAGAGUGCAAAGGUGAGACAGCAAGCCGCUGAUCUCAUCUCUAGAAUCGCUGUUGUAAUGAAACAAUGUGGAGAGGAGCCGUUGAUGGGACAUUUAGGUGUUGUCUUGUACGAGUAUCUUGGAGAAGAGUUCCCUGAAGUCUUGGGAUCAAUUCUUGGAGCUUUAAAAGCUAUAGUCAAUGUGAUUGGUAUGACAAAGAUGACUCCACCUAUUAAAGAUCUGCUUCCAAGACUAACUCCGGUUUUAAAGAACAGACACGAGAAAGUGCAAGAGAAUUGUAUCGAUCUCGUUGGCAGGAUCGCUGAUCGUGGCGCUGAGUUUGUUCCAGCGAGAGAAUGGAUGAGAAUCUGUUUCGAGCUUGUUGAAAUGCUCAAAGCUCAUAAGAAAGGUAUACGCCGCGCAACGGUCAACACUUUCGGGUACAUAGCUAAAGCCAUUGGACCACAAGACGUGUUAGCAACGUUACUGAACAAUCUCAAAGUCCAAGAACGCCAGAACCGUGUUUGCACAACAGUCGCUCUCGCUAUAAUCGCUGAAACAUGCUCUCCGUUCACAGUCUUACCCGCUUUGAUGAACGAGUACCGUGUCCCAGAGCUCAACGUGCAAAACGGCGUCCUGAAAUCACUCUCUUUUCUCUUCGAGUAUAUUGGAGAAACAGGGAAAGAUUACAUAUACGCAGUCACGCCGUUGCUCGAAGAGGCGCUCAUGGACAGAGAUUUGGUUCACAGACAAACCGCGGCUUCAGCGGUGAAACACAUGGCUUUAGGUGUAGCUGGUUUGGGUUGUGAAGACGCUUUGAUUCACUUGCUUAACUUGAUAUGGCCUAAUAUUUUCGAGACGUCUCCUCACGUCGCCAGCGCUGUGAUGGAAGCCAUUGAAGGAAUGAGAGUUGCGUUAGGUGCAGCGGUUAUAUUGAACUAUUGUUUGCAGGGUUUGUUUCAUCCGGCUCGUAAAGUCCGUGAAGUGUAUUGGAAGAUUUACAAUUCGCUUUACAUCGGUGCUCAAGACACGCUUGUUGCUGCUUACCCGGUGUUUGAGAGUGAGCAGACCAAUGUUUGUAGCCGACCAGAGUUAACUAUGUCCAUCUGA